UUAGCGGCCUUCAUCCGGUCUUUUCUCCAGUCCAAGGUAGGCAGUGUUACACGGUUCAGCCCAGCACCUUCUUAAACGCAAGAGAAACUAAAGCCAUGGCAAGGCCCAGAGUUUUCUUCGACCUCACCGCCAACGGCAACCCACUCGGAAGAGUGAUCAUGGAGCUGAGAGCUGAUGUAGUCCCUAGAACUGCAGAGAACUUCAGGCAGUUGUGCACUGGUCAGCCUGGCUUCGGCUACAAAGGAUCCAUCUUCCAUCGCGUCAUCCCCAACUUCAUGUGCCAGGGAGGUGACUUCACAAACCACAAUGGAACUGGUGGAAAGUCCAUUUAUGGCCACAAGUUUGAGGAUGAGAACUUCACCCUGAAACACACCAGCGCUGGCUGCCUGUCAAUGGCCAACGCCGGCCCCAACACCAACGGUUCCCAGUUCUUCAUCUGCACAGAAGUUACUUCAUGGCUGGAUGGCAAGCACGUUGUCUUCGGACAGGUUGUGCAGGGCUUGGAUAUCAUCAGGAAAGUGGAGGGCUACGGUUCCAGCAGUGGAAAGACCAGUGCCAAGAUCGUCGUCGCUGACUGUGGCCAGCUGUAAACACCUCAACCACUAACCUUCACCCAAACCCUAGUCUAGUACCCCUCAGUGCUCCCUUUCAUAAAUCCUGCCGCUAACAUUCCUGUCCAAGUUCUACAACCCCUCCCUAUAUCCUUCAGUCGUCCAUCUUUGUCUUUGAUAAGUUGCCUUUGCCGUUUUCAUUUGCAAAUGAAGUCCUGUAGGCCUAUAAUUUGUGCAUCAAAGUCUGAAAAUAAAGGGGAACAAUGACCUGAAA